CGGGUGUCUUUAAGACAUGUUUUCGCGAUGUGCUGUCUCUGAUGUCGUUUUUUGUACACGUUACAUUUGCUAAUAUUAUUAUUAUAAUAUGUUUGAUUAACGAUGAAAACCAGACGUGAGUAUAUUCAAAAUUUAAAUAAAAUACAUACGCUGUAGGUACAGCGGUUAUUUAAAAGUAUUCGAAUAAUGGUUAAAAAAAAAAUCUAUAGGUUUAUUAUAAUAUAUUAGAACACUUUAUUAUCAAUAUUUGUGUUAUUCGCUAUAGAACAAUACUUUUUCUCCGAACUCAAUGAUUUAUAUUUAUGACAAAAGAAAUAAUUUUAAAUUUUAAAUCGAAGAUAAUAGUCAUACAGCUAUACAAUAAAUUAAAAAUUAUGUUCUAUUUAAGUUAUAUAGUUGUAGUAUAAGUUAUAGUUAUUUCAUCUUUGAUUGAAAUAAUAUAAUAUAACAUUAUUGGCCUACCGCCUACACUUCUGAUAUUAUGGUUAUGUUUAAACGUUGAAAUUAUCGUGUACAGUUAUUCGAAAAUUCACGACAUAAUACGAAUUAUCGUGGCGUGUACAGAUACUAAUUAAAUUUUCCUCUGUAUUAUACCUUUCUAACUUCUCAUAUACAACGGUGGCCCUGUAAUGCGAAGUAUGUCCGUCUAUUUUGAGAUUGUUUUGCAAAGUAGCCAAGUAGAUUUAUAAUAAUUUAAGGGUUGCGGAGAAAAAUUAUCAAGACAAUAUUAGAUUAGUAUGGAUUAUAUUUCCCCUUUUUUCGCAGACUAUGGCCUUUAUUUGCUAUCAUAGACAUUUUUAAAUCGUUAUAGCACAGAGCCACGGACCAUGAUAUUUUUUCCCUAAUUUGAACUUAAUUCGAUUCAUGCAUUUAUUCGUUUAAGUCAUAAGGAUAAGAUGAUCUUAUUUAACUAUUUUUAUUAUAAUGAUCGAUUGACAAUGAUUAUUUUUCCUUGGAAACUUUUUUUAUGUUAUUCAGUUUUAUAUAUAUAAAAAAAAAAAAAACCUAUAUAAACUAUAUUAUUGUAUACAGUAGUGCAAAUGUGUAAAUAUUAUCGUUUUAUGAGUAAGUAAUAUCAAUAAGUUUUACAUGAUGAAUAGUUUUUUAUGUUUUUGAUUUGGAGCGUAUAGCAAUGGUUUUACUAUAUGUGUGUUUUCUUUCUGUCCGUAAAUAAAUUUUCGAAAAAAAACUUGUUCCGAUGUAUAGAGUAUAUUUACUUUUUCUGAAAUCAGAUUUUCUCUAUAUGAUGCAUUAGUGAGGUCAUUUUUCCAAGGGUUUUCAAAAUAAUUGGGAAAAUCCGGAAAGAUAAUUAGGUAUAGGUAAAACGGCAUGUCGUUAAAACUGAUAAAUCUAUACGACGCAACGAUUUCAUUAUUUCAAAUUUGUAUGUCUUAUGUUUUAAUUCUACAAAAAUUAUUGCUCUAAUAGAAAAACGAAAAGAGACAUUUUUUGUUGCAUUUUUAAUUUAAUUCGUGAGUAAGUAAUUCGUUUUUUGAUUUUUUUGGUAAUUUUCAUAAUAUUUGGGAAAACCACACAAUUACGGCGCAACGAUUUCAUUGUUUAAAUUUUAAAUAUUUACAACACAGGCAAUACAUGAUUAUACAAUUCUAUUAUUUGUUUUUUGUGCGUUUUAAAUUUUAAUGUUAUUAUAUAAUUUAUUAUUAUUGUCUAUGAGAUGUCGAAAAUCAACUGGUAAAACUCUUACCUACUAAAAUAUAAGGUCAUUGAUCUUGGUACCUUAAAAUAUAUAUACUACGAUAUUAAAUAUUUGAUGAAAAACAACUGUAGCAGUGAAUAUUUAUUUCUAUUAAAUAUUUAUUUCUUAUACCUAUUUAAUAUACGAUGUUAUAAUAUUUAAAUUAAUUUUCAUACAUUCUUGUUAUAUUCCAUUAACGGUUAUUAAGUAUUGUAUUAAAUUGGUAUUGAACGAAAACAAAAAUGAAAUGUUAUAAUUAACUUUUUUUUAGGGUCAAUUUAAAUUAUAAUUACACCUUUAGCAAUUCAAAAAUAUUUAAGAUAUUUUUAAUAUUGGUAUUAUAUAGCAAAUUUUAGUUUACAAAUUGAAUAGACAGGGUAGGCAGCUGCUGAGCGCACCGAAUUUUUAUUCUAAAAAAUUUUUCCAAUAUUUCGAAAAAACUACCGUAAAAUUUGUCAUAAACAAGAUUUUCAUAAAAUAGACUUUAGUCAACUAAGUCAAGUUUAAGUCAAAACUUCAAAGACAGGUAGAAACUUAAUAUGUUCACCAAUAUCUACAACACUAUUACACAGACUAGAUACAUAGAUUUAAAAUAAUUUGACUACUUGUAAACUCAAUAUAGAAUUUUCAAAAUUGAUCAGUUUCAUAAAAAUAAUAUAAUAUUUACUCUAUAAUGCAUACAUACCUACUUAAAACUUGUAUUAAAUAUUUUCAAAUGUUCAUAUUGAAGCCUCAAAUCAACAAAUAAUAAUUAGUGAUAACAGUAUUUCAGUUUCUGUUUUCAAUUCUCAGCGGAGUGAGGAAUGUAUUUGAUUUAUAAUAAUGGUGUUUACUAUUACUAUUUUUUUUUUAAUUUCUCAGAGGGUUUCCUAAUAAAUUGGAAAAAUUGGGGAAAACUGUUGGAAAAACGGUAAAAUCCAUUAUUUUCAAAUCGUAAAUGUUAUGACAUUUCAAAACACGUAAAACUUAACUCCGCUCAGAAUCGUUUUUCGUUAACAAUGAGUAAUCUUUACCUACAGAUAGACAUUCUAUAUCCUCUUUACCUUCUCUACUGUGGCCCACCCAUCGUAUGAAGUAUGUCCGUUUAUUUUAAAAUAUUUAUGUGUCUCUCCGUUUACCUAUAUUAAAAUCCCCCUAUUAGCCUUUUAUUUUUCAAGAUAUUCGCCUCAUCAUUUGCAAGACUAACAUUUUCCGUUAGCAAUGAUUUAUCUUUGUUUACAUAUUUAAAUUAAAUAACUUUAUGAAUCCUAUAAUUUCUCCACAUGUCAUCUACAAUAGUGGUGCACCCUGUCAGAUUUUUUUAAAACAUACUUCUAUUUAAAGACAAAAAGAAUUUGAGGUAAAGAUUUAAUUUGCACCUAAAGCUUACUUAAGUAUAUACGCAUUUUUUACCGUAUAAAAUAUGAACUCUUAAAUUGUUCUUGUGUUUAUGUGAGUUAUUUAAUGUUCAUAAUAAAAUUAUAAAUGUAGAAUUAAGUAGUUUUAACUUGAUAACUUAAAAAAAAAACAAAACAAAAAAAUGUUAAAUUAUUAAUUUAUGAUUCUUCUUCUUUGGAAAAAAUUUUUUCGGUUUGUAAAAAUACUCCAAAUUAUUUACACUAUACCAUAAAAAAAUACGGAUUUUUCGGUCUGUGGUCUUAAAUUCCAAAAUAAUUUAGAUUUUUAACAUUUUUUCUCUAAAAUUAAAAAAUUAAACUGACAACAAUAUUGUAGGUACAUCGGUUUUAUUUUUGUUGAUAAUUUCUGCACGGUUACCUUGGUUACAUAAUGGAAAAAUCACCGCGUCCAUUACUACUUAACCAGAAUAGGUUUUUGAUACCAAUGAUUUGCAAGAACAUCCUCAGAAAACUUUAGUUAAAAAAGGAAAUUGUGAGACGUUCAACUUUUUUCUGAAUAAUUGUAUUUUACGUGACGUAAAACUGUAUUGGUUUUUUGUUUUUUAUUUGUAUUAAUUUAAAACAUCAAGUGCUGGAAUGUUGGAUACUAUUAAACUAUUUUGUAUAAAAUGUACGUAAAAAUAUAAUAAAAUUUACAAGUUAAUAUAUAAUUGCAAGUACCUAACAUAUAGAUAGCAUAAUGACACUAGUAAUUUUUAAUGAUGCACACGUGAAACGGAUAUACAGCUGAUUAAUUAUCAUAUUUUUCCCGAUUGUCAUUAUUCAUUAUACAUAAGACCGUUUAGAGGGCUCGGGCAAUAGAAUAAUUUUGUUUUAGGUCCCAUUUUUAAAAAUAUUUAAGGAACCCCCUCAAAACCAAAUCCCUAGUAAAAUCCAGAUGGACUUAUGAUUUUUAAAUUAUUGUAAUAUUAGUCAGAUACAUAUAUGGUUAAAGUAAUUUGAGAAAUCAUUCGACGGUAGUAUUAGACGGCUUAUCAUAUUUUAAAAAAAUAUUUUUUAUAUGAAAUAUCAAUACAAUUUUAUUUCGUCUCUGUGAUUUAAAACUACGUAUACAUUUUUUACGUAAUUAGUAAUCUGUUAAAUUUUUAUUAGCCUAUUAAAUUUUGAUCUACGAAUAAAUUGUAUAUUAUUAAGUCAAUGAGGUGGUACAAAUUAUAUAUUUGCUAACAUAUUGCAGAUCUCGAAAAAUAUUUUUUUAAUACCAUAUUGAAUUAUAAGAUGAUUUUAACCUAAUAGUUUUCGAAUAGUAAUCAGAAAUCUACAAAUAAGUCACGAAAUGAAGCUGAAUAGAGAUAUUAUAAUGCAAUAUUUACUUAUGUAAAUGGCAUCAUGAUAAUAUUGCGGGAGUUAUCGAAAACGAUGUAAUAAACUAUAGAGAAAUAAUUAAUCGAAUUUAGCCGUAAAAUGGGCCUUGUAUUCAAUGAACAUAAAACCAAAUAUCCAGUAAUAAUAUUUAAGCGUGUGACGAAUAAAAUAGAUCCGAAAGUAGGUUCCCUUCUCUUUUGAGCAAUUUGGUUGUUUUUAAAUUAGAGUCAACAUAAACAGUAGAAAUAAAAUGCUUAAAUAAAUACUAUUACGGACAAUUUACAAUCAGAUCCUUUUUUACCAUGAAUAUAAAAUACUCAGUUUUAGGUAUUUGAGGAAGUUAUAGGAAAAAUCUCUCAAGAGCAUUUUUUUUACAGAGAGAAAUAAAAUUGAUAAAAAUAAAUAAAUAAAAAAAUUAUAAUACAUUUAUUUUUAUAAAUGUUCAGAAAACUAGAAAUCUGGUUCCAAUUAUUAACAUCAGGGGUGGCUUAUAAUAGAUAAUUUUGUCUAUAGUAGGUGUCUAUAGGCUAGUCCUUUUUUUGAUUUUCUUUUCACUCUUAUUAAUAAUAAAGAAAACUGUAAAAAAAGUCGGAGACAUUUAUGGAACAACGGUUUCUGGUAAAAUUUUGUUUUGUUGUAAUUUAAUAAAAAGUAUUUCUAUAUAGUAACCUGACAUUUUUUCGGAAGACUUAUAUAAGUAUUCUUUAGACGUGGUACAAUUUUAAAUAUACUUUGGCGCUGUAUAAACUAUAUGAACUUUUCGAAUAUUUUUAGUUUUAUCUGGCUAAAAUAUUUUAGCUUGAUGAUCUAAUGAAUUGUUUAAAGUUGCCGCAGGUUGUCAUUUGAGAUAAAAAAAAAAAAAAUAACCUAGGUAUUUACGUAUAAUAUGUCACUAUAUAUAAAUGUGUGAACUAUGUAACCUCUCCCAAGAUGAGCACUCAAAUGCGCCACUGUUAGGUUAUUGUCUAAAACCUCCAAAGAGAAAUUCUAUAUAUUUGCUGUUUUUAUCCAGUAAUAAUGUGUGCAUGUAAGACAAAGGGAGACGAAGAAAAAUUACAAGUAUUUGAAAAUACAGUUUCGCGGAAAAUACAAGAACCUGUGUGAAACCAAAAUGAAAAAUAUAACUAGAACUUUAAUUUUAACAAGAAAUACUGUACAACAAAACUAAAAAUCAAAUAUCAGAAUGUCGCUAAGAGCAAAACAAUUGGAGUGGGCUUUUAUAAUGAAGUAUUAAAUUUCAACUUCAACUUUCACGAAAUCGUCAAAUAUAUACCAACGUGACGCAUUUCAUGAAUUCCUAUAGCAGCUUCCGAAUCCGAAUAAGUUCACGUCUUUACACUCGAACCAGUGUCGAAAUAGUCACGUCAUAUAUUUUGUCUCUGACCACCACGUACGGGUAGCCCCGGGGUUGUUUGCGUGGAAACGUGUAAUAGGAUUCUCAUAUGAUUAACGUGUUAACAGACUUGAAAAAUCGGAACACGAUGUCUACGUUAACUAUAUUAUUGUAAUAUCUCGUUGUCCGUCUCGUGAUUUUAUUGUUAUUCUGUUUUCGACAUCCGGUAUAAAUCGUAAAAUAUGUCGGCGUACCGAAACAUAUAACAGUAUAAUAUAAAAUCAGCUGUCGCACACUCGCACCACCGAAAACCAUCUGCAGCCGUUCGCGCAAUGUCGAAUAGUCCGUUAAAUACUCGCGAUAUCCUAUAAGUAAACAAUCGGUUGCGAUUGGACUAUAUUUUGUUCUAGCGUUUGCGUACGUUUUUCAAAAGGUUUCUGCUAGAUAGCUAUUAGGUACGCUUAACGUACCUACGCACGCUAGAACAUGAAAAUAAAAAAUUCAUACAACUAUCAAUUCAAAAAAAAUCGUCCUCGAUUACCGUGUUGCGCGAUCAUUGUCGCUCGUAUAGACAAAAACUAGGGCGUCGUCACUUAUCCAUUCAUUAUAUUAUACGCGAUUCAGGACACGUAUUACCUCAUGGUGCGAUACAGUUCCCGAAAUUCGUUUUGAAAUCGAUGUCGCAUCGUUCUAAACGCGCGUCCGACUGAUUAUUAUACGUACACAAUACACACUUAAUAUUAGAAUGUGUAUUCUGUUACGUGCUCGUGAAGCGGAUUUCUUUCGGUUGUACCCAGGUGUUGUCAGCCGCGGUUUUCUGUUUUGAAUUAAGCUUCAGUUUUGUAAAAAAAAAACACACGGUAGUCGAUGAAUGUCAUCUACAAUGGAUGUACAAAUAGUAUAAUAUACGUAGGUACCAUUGGUAUUGUAUACACUCGGUUCUCUCCGCCCGUUUUGGGCCCUUUGCCCGGAAAGUCAGAAUGACGUUUACAGACGGAUAGGUCAGUAUUACACCAAACAAAUUCGGUUACGGCCGCGGAUGCGUGGCGGCGGCGGCGGGUGGCGUUAUUUUUUCGUCGUCGUCGGCGUCGCGGCCAAGUGAAAUCCACGGGAACCGGAUUCGCGUAUACGAGAGCAAAGGUAAUUAUAAUUAUUGUUGUCAUUUUCUCUCUCUCUCUUGCUUCACGCGUACGCCGAGGUCGAGGGGAAGACUGUCGCGAUUCCGGUAUAUGCGCCACUGCCACUCGGCGGACGACCGCGUUACGUAACGCGGUUCGGUCGGAGGACGCGCCGCUGACCGGCCGACCUGCGGCCGAAAACCGGGUGGGGGAGGAGCGGAAUCUUUCGGACUGCGGCUCGUCGCAUAUUCCGUGAAAAAACGCGCGAACGCGUGUCUAUAUUUAUAAUGUAUAAUAAUAGUCGAAAUGUUUGUGUAAAACAUGUCGACGCGCGAGGAACAAAACAAAUCGCCGACACGUAGGCGGGUGAUAAUAUAUAAUAAUAAUAAUAAUAAUAUUAUACACGCGCCGGGAGAUGCGCACGAGAAAACCGGUCGAAAUGUUAUUAUAUUGUGUGCUUUUUGUUUUCGCGGCCACUUUCCAUUGUGCGCGCGCCGGGGCCAACCGAUUGUUUUCACUAUCGAAACCGUUUGCGGCGUACGGUCGUGCGCGUUAUAUUUUGUUCGCAAGAACGAAGAAAAUAAAACCGCGGCUGAGUUCACAUUCUGCGUCCGACAAUAAUAACGCAUAUCGUUUAUUUUGUUUUCUGUCUACCGGUUCGCGGUUCUGACACGGUUAUCCGCAACGUCGUAUUAUCACGCGCGCAGGAGAUUUUCACGCUAUCGCAAAUGUGUUUUUCAUACAAUUAAAUAGCCGGUAUGCACAAUAUUACAAUAUCGUAUUUGGCGUGCGAAAGAAUCGUGUAAUAAUAACCCGCAACAAUUUUUUAUUAUUAUACACUACGACGGCGGUUACGCCGCGGCCGCACUCGCGCGCUACCGUACAGAGACGGCGGCAGUUAUCUUUAUUCUACGAUGACUGACACACUGCGGCGGCGGCGUCGUCCUUGACUCGGCAAUAUAAUUUCGUGAUCGAGGGGACAAACAAUAAUAAUAAAGGCGAAAGCGUAAGUUGUAAUAAAAAUAAUCGAAAAGUACGGACAACGGUAUACUGUCGGUAUCUUAUUAAUACAGGCACGCGUUGCAUUCGCGACGUACCUACACGCACGCACACGUGAUAUUCACAAUGGGAACAUUCGUGUGCGCAAAACACACGGGCGCGCGCGCGCACCCUUGCAGUAUUGCGCACGUUAUUGUGUGUCCGGAUGGCUGCUACGCGCUCGCGGACGGGAUCCGUUAUUGUAACGGUCCGUCCCGUUAUUAUAUCGUUACACACCGUACUUGUGUGGUAUACCUACACACAAGUUGGAUAUAUUAUUUAGGUACUCGUAUUUUUUUUUUUUUGGCAAUAUUAAUUAGCUACUUUUUUUCUAUCGUCGUUGAGUAGUAUUUUUCGAGUGUUGCCGUCAAACAAAAUAAUGAACACCAGGGGCAUACUUGGGUGAGGGUCGAUGGAGGUGAUCGCCUCCCUAGAUCUGUGUGUAGCGUACAUUAUUCCAAAUAUACGUAUAAAAUGUCUAUUAUGAAAUACGUGUUAUGUUUAAAAUUGUUCUGUAUAAUUCGCUAAUCACAUCGUUAUCGUUACCAAAUCUAUAUAGGUAGGUACUGUACAAUUUAUCGCAACAACGUGAAUUUACCUCAAUCCUGACUAUCGAAUCCUAAUUUUCACCUCUUUAAAGAAAGACGAAGUGCGCUCCUAAUAUACACUCUAUAUAUAUAUAUUACGCCCGUCCAAUUUUAAUAUUGUGACGUGUUUGUACAUUCAGUAUUUUCGAACUGUAUUCAUGUAUUAUAAAAUAUGAUUUUUCUAAAAAAUCGUCAGGUAUAAGCCAUUAGGUAGAUACCAUAUAUUGUGUUGAGGUAUGUUUUUAUUUAAAAAAAAAAAAAAAAAAUGGCAGCAGCGUCUUUGAUGUACAUCAGCCUAUAAAAGUAUAAACAUACAUGUACGAUAUUAUAUAUUAAUGUAUUAUAUACGAUAUAAAUAUGAGUUUAUAGUAUUUCACAACUGAAAAAAGAAAAAACUUAGGUGUUGGGCUUUUUACAAAAUUGUUGGUGUUGUUUCACCUUCAAUAAGGGCUUCUAAAUUAGUAGAUAUACACAGUGGUGUAUCGGUGUAGAUAAAUGUAUGGGUAUACGCACAUAAAAAAGGGAUUAAAUACCACCUUAAAAAAUGUUUCUCGCUACGCUCGGAAUGCCAUUCCACUUACUAUAUCUUAUACACAUAACUAUCUAACCACUUAACUACACAUAAACAUUGUCUAGAUUUAUAUGUACCAACAUAAAUAACUUUUUACUGGCUUAAUUUUACAAUUUUAUAAUGGUAAUUUCUUUUUGUAAUAGUUUUAAAAUGAAUAUACUUAGUGUCCAACAAAUGUUCGCAUAAUUAUGAAUUUGUUAUAAAAUUUAAACCAAAAUUACGAAUUUAGUAAUAUUCAAUCGAACCAUAAUAUAGAUAAAACGGUAUAAACGUGUGUAAAAUUAAUUUGAAAGAGAGUCGUAACCUGACAGUUUAAGGUACGGUUUCCCUUGCGCGAUCGCGAACGCGGUCAGCGAACGCGAUCGACGAACUAGAAGAUCGCGUUCGCAUCGUCUUGGUUUAUUCUGAACGAUUUUACGUCGCGAUCGAGAGUAAUUUAUAUUUCAUCAUUCAGUCGUACUUAAUGUUUUGAUGUGUGAAGUACUCUAGUGAACGGUAUAAACGAACAUACUGAGAAUUUUUAAAUUAUAAUGGAUACAUCUGACGACGUAAAUAUAUUGAAAAUUCUUUUUGAAGAAGAAGAUGAUGAUGACGUUUUGCUCUUAUAUUUGUCAGAAGAAAAAAGAAAAGGCCAUGAUCAAUUAAUCAACGGUCAUUUGAAAAAUAAUGAAAUCAAAUUUCGAGAAUUUUUUAGAAUAAAUCGUAAUCAGUUUGAUUUUAUUUUAAAUUUAAUAAGAGAUGACCUAGCCUUAAAUCCGACUUUUUUUAUAAGGAAACCAAUAACUUCAUCUUCUACUUUGCUAAAUUUGGUCAUUGGAGCACUCAUUGUUGAAAGACCCGACCAACGUCAACCAGCAGUCAAUCAUAAAUGAAUGUCAUAUACUCAUAUCAUAAUUUUCUUUCAAAAUAACAAAUUAAUCGCGCCGCGAUCGAAUUUAGAUCGCCGACCGCGAUCGCGCAAGGGAAACCGUACCUUAAGACGUCCGCUAUGAAGAUCUAGAAUUAUAGAUUACCGGUCUGCUCUCUUUUGGGACAGAUUAUAAGUACAUAUAAUAAUUGUUAUUGUUAUUAUUACAGUUUUAUAGUGACGAUAAUUAAAAAUUCACCUACCUUUAAUAUACAUAUGUUUAGUAAGCGUAUACCUAUCAACAACAAGUUUUCACACGGGUAUACGCAUAAAUCCAAAAAUAGAGAUUCGCGGACCGUGAUAGUGGUAAUAAAUAUUUAAUAGUGUAUUAAGUUUAUUACACGAAAUAAAUAGUGAAUAUUUUCCAAUACACCUAUACACUAUCGAAUGUAGAUGAGUGCAUUAUUUUUUGGAUGGUUAAGUUAGAUUGUUAAUAAUUGCUGCAUCUGGGUGGAGGUUCUUUGUUGAUUGUUGUUUGAAUGCUGUUAUUACGAAAAUAAUGUAACAAAUAAAAUUAUUAUAUAGAUAAUAAUUUUAGACGUCUAGACGCGGUAAAACUUUCAAAACAUUUUUGCUAUUUUACAAAGUUAAUUUUGAGCUAUUUAUAGAGAUUUUAAUUUUGCGAGUAAUUUACGUAAUUUUUAUUUGGUAGGUACUUAUUGUAAAAAAUUGUUAGGCUAAACAGAAAUGCUUGAAAAUAAGGUACAUCAUAAGUAUUAGUGAACAAACAAAAAUUGUGUGUUAUGUAGUACCUAUAUUUUUUUUUUUUUUGUAAGUGUUUUAUAAUCAAAUUUUGAUGAAAUAAACUAAAUAUUACGUAAAUAAUUAAAGGCCGUAAAUAUUACGGUUACAGUUAUAAAUUAAAUAACUUUAUGUAUACCAGCUUCCCAUUACUCAUCUACAACAGUGGCCUCAACCGCCCCUAGUAUCAGCUUUUUUUAAAAUUAUUUAUUCGUAGAAUAUAAUAUUACGUAUAUUAAAAUAUCUGCAGUAUUUUAUUUAUUAAAGGCGCCCAGCGAUCAUGGCCAAAAAUCCAAGAUAUAUGUAUAGUGUAAAGCUACAUGGAUACUUUAAAUAUAAUUUUAACAAAAAUAAUCUGCAAAAAAAAAAAAAAACAAACAUCUUUGAUAAUCAAGUAACCAGGUGGUUUUUUUUUCAAUCCGAGUUAACUAUAAUAUAGAAACCAUUGAACGCACCCGGGGAGGUUCAACGGACCGUUGCAAGCGCAUAGCCAAUAACUCUAUUCAAAAAAACAUAUGCGUACAGAUUGCAGUGUAUGUCAUACAGGGUGUUAUUUUUUCAUAUGUAUUGUGUUGAUAUUUCAAAAUAUUCUCUAAUAACCAUACGAGUAUAAUUCUUAGCGAGUAUCUUAUACAAAAAAAAAAAAAAAAAAACCCAAACCGAUUUUUUCAUAGUGUAUAAAUGAAAAAUAAUGCGCGACCACUGUACAACGUUAUUAUAUUUUGUAUUUAUACGAGUAUACCCGUAAAACCGAAUAUAUUUAUAUAUUAUAAAUACAUAUAUAAUAUACUGUAUAUUAUACUGUAGGCAUAUGCACGUUAAGCGGUUUUAUUUAGUUAGGUGCCAACGCCGUGAAAGUAAAGAAAUAUGUUAUUAUAUCUAAAUUUUGUAUGGUACACAUAGGCAUCGCGAUGACCGGAUGACUUUGAUAAAUUGCGAUUACCAAUUACGAAUUGUACAUAUUCGAUUUUUUAUUAAAUCGUACAUACAGAUAUCGGUGUUCAUUUUACAUAGUUAAUUUGUGUUUUAUAAAAACAUUGUCUGAUAUCAUUCGUGAUCUAAUAAUUCUAUUUUUCAUUGGGCUCUUCUUUUUUUCAUUAAUCGACGAUUAUGUUAAUGCACUUGGACUAUGACAAAUAUUUAAAUAAGACGAAUAGGAUAUUAACAAUAAACAUGCAUAUGGCUCAGAUACCGAGGUAUUGCUGGAAUAAGAUUUGAAUUGCAAACAUCAAUUUAGAUAGGAUGGUAAAUAAAUAACCAUAAAACAGUGUUGGGAAUGAAUGCGUUACUUUUAUGUAAGAACGAAGGUUAGAUCUCAUUGCUUUUCAAAUAUAGGAACGAGAAACGGGAAAAACUUCCAUUCCUUCUAUUGCGAAAAAAAAACGCACGUUAUUUUAGUGAUGAUAUUGUUUAGAAAUUAUUUAAUGUUACUAAUAAACUAACGCAAUGGCACAAUAUAUUAUUUCUAUUUUCAUUAACAUAUACAAGGUUCGUAAUAUGAUAAUAUAAACCACGCGGUGCAUACCUACUUAUAGAACUGGAACAUAUAUUAUUUUCUGGUUUUUCAUUUUCAUUUUUAAGGUAAUAAAUUAAUUUAAUUUAAUUUUCAACAUGUCAAUUCUAAUUUUCAAUUAGUUCCAAUCUAGUUUCCAAUUUUAGUUGACUUGAUUUACUCACACUAUAGUCGUAUUUAUACAUAUAUAAAUACACGCAUAGUAUUGCAUACAUAUGUACAUACAUACAUGCAUAGGAAUCUGAGGCCACAUAAAAAUAGCUAUGUAUACGCGAUAAUAUUGUGUUCGCCCACAGACGAUUGUUAAAUAUGGAAAUGGAGUUAUUUCGUCUGUAGGGAUACCUACAAUAAAAUAAUAUUAUAUCAAUAGCUCAUGGAAUUAUAAUAUUUUAUGGUUAAUUAUUAAAAAUAGAAAGUUAAUAUUUAAAAGCAGAACCUUAAAAAAAACGUUUAGCCUUGAUUUAUGUGCAUUUGGAUUGGAAAAAAGAAUAAUGCACCAGAGAAAGUUUAAAUUAAAUAUAUCGAAUAAAUAUAAAUGGUACCUACCAAACAUACAUUUUACGGGUGUUUAAUAGUUAUACAGACUGACCUACAGUGUUAUCUGAAUGUUAAUAACUUUACCAAUGUUUAUUUUUUUUUUCAGAUUUUGAGUCAGGGAAAACACAAAUGUAGAGAAAAAUUAAAUUUUUUUUUCAUCCCAUUACUGAAAAAAAAUAAGUAACUUUAUUUUUUACUUUUUAAAAUAGCUAAUUCGUAAAAUAUAUUAUUUUUUAAAUUGGUGUAAAACAAUUAGUUUUCAAUAGAAUAACACGUUACGCUAUAUUAAUUACAAUCAGUACGGUAAUUCCCCUAUUAUCUCUUAUUGAAUAUUAAUCGUUUUCAAGCCUAAUUUCUAUAAAUUUAAAUGGAUAUUACUAAGAAAGUAUAUUGAUCGAAUGUGUAAGUAAUGAUACAUUAAAAUGUUUAUAAUAAUACAUUGUACAAAUUGCAAAUGGUUAUUUGGCUAAAAUUUUAUUAAGUGAAAAAUUGUUUUUUUCUUUCAGUAAUUAAAAGUUAAAAAUAAAAUUUAAUUUGUGUCUUUCUAACACAAAAUCCGAUAAAAAAAAAAAAAAAAAAAAUGAAUAUCGAAACAUUAGUUAUUCACAUUCGUAUAACACUGUAGAACACUCUGUUUAUUACUAUGUGCAUAUGUGAUAUGUUUGCAUGUACCUAUAAAUAACUAAAAACGGUUGAUAAAAAAAUGUUUAAAUAUUUAUUACAAUGUUUAUUAUUUAAUUAACGAAAUUUAAUUUGAUUAUUUUCGUUUCCAAAUGACAAAUUUCAGAAAAGGUAUGUUAUUUAAUAAUGCACGAAAUUUUGAAGACAACUGGUAAUAUUUUGUAGUUUUGACUACAAAAACUAAAAUGAACAUUAUUCGCUUAUUAAUACGUUUACGAUGUCACCUUAAGUGAGGUUUAUAUUACGUGAAUUUGAUGUCUCACAAAACAGCUAAUUUGCCAAAUUGUUAACAUGAUAUCAGGGUGUUCCAUUAGUAGUAGCGAAGAAGGAAAUACAGUUUACAUGACACAAAUCAAAAUAGACGUAUCGCCUUUGAUGCGUGUUAAGAGACCGGCAAUAGUCCGGUUCGCCACAAAGCCGUUUUACGCUGAGUCACAAUUCACCUGAGAGAAGUUCCAUAUUGGUCGUAUCAUGUCCAAUCUCGUCUCUCGCAAUAUGUUUCGCGCAUCAGAUUCACGUCAUGUAAACCCGGCUUAUUAUAUUUGAUUGCACAGAAUUCAACUGUGUAGCUUAGUAGUUCUCAUACUCAUAUAACAUGUUAGAUUAGGUUAAGUUGCAGAUUACUCGCAUAAGAAUUUUAAUACCUAGUUGUAAAACAUUCUUAGCCAAUAAUGAUGUUUUAAUAGGUAUUUCUUCAUAUUUUAUUGUUUAAGUAUACUUUUUUUGAAAGUUUUGUAAAAAUUAAAUUGUAAUUAUUCAAAUACAUAUAUUAAGUUAAAAGUACCUAUCAAAUACAGAUAACAAAUAAAACCAAAUUUGUAAUAAAAAGUAUUUAUCUCUCGUUAUGAGUAUCCCUAUUCAAUAAUUACGAUUAUAUUAUAAUGUUUUAUUAGUAGAAAUCAAAUACAAAUUAUACAAAAAUAUUAAUUAUUAAAAUAUAAAAUUCAAAUUAAUUUCGAUAGCUUUUUUAUUGCGAUUAUAUAUUUAAAUAUAUUUCAAUAUACAAAUAAUCUUGGAACUAUUUUGGUUAUACGGUUUGUGUAACACAUAAAAUGCUAAUGUCUAUUAUGAUACAACAUUAAAAGGGUUUUAAAAUAAAUAAAUUAAUAAUUGGUUUUUGUUGAUAAAAUAAUGAUAUUUCAUGAAAAUAUUUAUUAUUACAACGCAUGACCGUUUUCCAUCAGUCCAUCGCCUUUGUGUUGAGUACGACUGUGAUACACUGCAGUACAUUAUGUUAUAAUGUAUAGUUUUAACGUGUUUAUAGAAAAAUAUUAAGAUUUAUUAACUAUACACUGAAAAAAAAAUGAACAUGAAGGCAUUUAAAUUUGUUAUUUAAGUACUUGCCUGUGUAAUAUUAUAUCAUUGUAUAUUGAUUUCGCCAUCAUUUUCUGAAUUGUUUUAUUUGCGCCCAUGGCCCAUGAGUCGGGGCUUAUCGUUUAUACAAUAUUAUUAUUAUGCUGAUAUUUAGAACGGAAACAAUAAUAAUAAUUGUAUUCCCUGUUAUAAAUUUGUAACUGUCGGUUUUUUGCAGAUGGUUAACGAGCGGUGGUGGGCACUGAUGUUGAUGUUGUCUGUAGCCCACGGACACGUGCCUUGUCAACACUCGUAUGGCGGCGGGUGCAGAUACAACGAGGAGCUCUUCGUGCCGGCGCCCAUCGGCCAAGUUCCCAGGUGCGUUCAGAAUUAUCACGAUGACGUCACGUUCUGCGAAACUAUUGACAGAUAUCCGGAGUGAGUAUUUAUCAUCGGAAUAUAUUGGUAUCAAGUAUAGUAAAAGAUCAGAGUUCUACAAUUAAUAUACAAUAUAUAUUUUGACCGUAUUUCCUACAUAAACUCACAGUAUACACGCAUAUGCAUCAAUAACACUUGCAUAUACUCUAAACGGAAACACCGUUUUUUAACGUCAGAUUCUAUAAGCCCUAGCAACUUUUACUAAUACAUUUUUUUUUCCUAUUUCAAAAAUUUACCGCGAUACAACCAUCAGCUACAUAAUGUUUAAUCAAAAAAACGUUCUUUUUUUGGAUUUUAAAAAAAUGUAGUACGCAUUUUAUUAUUAAAUGUAAUUUUAAAAUUAGCGUUACUUAUAACCUUUUGCCCAUAAAAUACUAAGCGGGGAUCAUCAUAGUUAAAAAAAAUUCCCAUUUCAAUAAAGUUCAUCUGACCAAAAUAUUUCAUGUUAACAUUACAAUGAAAACAAUGUAUACUAUUAUACUGCAAUUGGACGUAACUCAUAGAGAAUUCCCCACAUUAUGGUUAGUGUAAUGUAUACGAUAUUUAAACAAUGGUCGAUACUCGUAAUAAUUUCGUUGUCUUAUAGUCCUAUUUACAUCAUAUUGUAUCUACAUGAAUAAUUCCGUAUAAGGUGGUGUCUCUAUCAAUUAUAAAUUACAAAUACCGUUUAUUGUAUUCACAACGAGAGUUAUGAUUUGUGGGAUUUUGCAAUAUAGAACAAGGAAAUGUAUAUUCUCAUGCAAUUUAGCAAAUAUAAGUAAAGGUAUAUUUUUUGGAAAAUGCGUUUAAAGUCUUGUACAGAUAUUUAUUAUAUUUAUGUAACCGAUUUUUUUUAUGUACUAUGAUUUUUUAAGUGUAAUAGUACAACCUAAUAUAUUAGGUUGUGCUAAGUUUAGUUUACUGAAGUAAUAUUGCAAGUGCUCCAAAAAAACAGUAUAUUAUUAGUGUAUCGUUCGUAUUCAUUUUUAUUUGCAUAUAUUAUAUACGAAGAAAUAGGUUUUGUAUUUGUAAAAAAAUGUAUGAAAUAAAGCAUCAGUAUUAUAAUAAUUUAGAAACUUAAUCAAUAUGUUAUAGACGGUUGAUAAGUUAUCUGGUCACGAAAUCGGACAAGAACUUUAAAACUUUUUUCAACGAAGAAAAACUUGUCGACAAACCCUAUUAUCAAAAGUAACUUACUAAAUAAAGUUUUUUUUGUAUCUUCACCAAUAUUUUUUAAAAUAUCAUAUUUUAUUUCAGCAAAAAUGUAAAUUAUAAUCACGACGGUUAUGGCGAUUACAAUGAUUAUCAAAACGACACUCAAAGCCAAUUUGCUGGCUACCCGGAUAGGACAUAUAUUCUACCACAGGUAUCUUUAACAGAGGCUCCGAAUGUAGAUCAAAAUCGUCAAUUUAUCCCCAAGUAAGAAAUGCUACUUCGGUUCAAUAAUAAAAACUAAAAAAAAUAUUUUAUUUAUAUUAUAAUACGUAUAACUAUAUAGCUGCCACUUUUUUUACAAGCAUAUGAACAUGAAAAUGUAUACGAAAAUAAAAAGUUCUAUUUGAAACAUAAAAUAUAUUCAAAUUAAAGUUUUAUACUCUGCCAACAAUAUAAUUUAAAUCAAAUUUGAUAUUAUACUAGUAGCCUUGUAAAAUCAUGAAAUUCCCAAGAAAAUAAUUAUAUCAAAUAACAGUGUGAUAAGAUCUUAGUGGUAAUUUUUUACAAGGUUAAAAACUACACAUUUUUGAUGCUUAAAUUAAAUGCAAAACAUAAAAAAAACUGAUUAAUUAUGAUUUUUAAGUAUCAACCAUGGUGGUGGUGGGAGCUACAAUAGGAAAAAAAGACAAGAUGACAUUCAACUAUGCCCAGUUAGAAUCAACAACAUAUUUCCUAAAGCGGCUUUAAAUACCCAAGGUGAAUGGAAAUAUGUAGUUAACAUGGUACGAACAUUGUCUGACAUGUACACUCAAUCCAUAAGGUCGGAAAUUUGCACGUAAGUUUAAUAUGUACUAUUAAAUUUGAUAAAAUAUAACAUUAAAAUAUAACAUUUUUACCAACAUUAAGUACCUGUAUAGUAUAGUAUUACAUCUACACACGUAUGUUAGUAGGUUUGCCUAUUAUAAACGCCGUUCAAUUAUUUUGCAAAUUUUAAAUUCUGUGUUUAUUGGUUUUUUUAAAUCAUAAGUAGAGUGCUGAGUUAAGAUAUUUUAAAGUUAAUUAUAUAAUCAUAAAUGAGAUACAUUAUAUCAUUAUUCUAAUGCCUAUCUUAAUUUAUAAUACUAUACAAUUUCGAGAAAACUUUUUAAAAAAAGUUCGCUCGUGGGUGCAGCCACUGCACCCAGGUGGGAAGUUGGUAAAGUAGAAUACUAACGGGAAUUUAAUGUAUAUCAGUAAGCAAGGAUAAACCAUUGCUAACGAAAAAACAGUUCUGAUCGGAGUUCGGUUGAUAGUUUGCUUUGUCAAGAAUAUAAUAUAUUUUUUGUAAUAUGACGGUAAAAUGAUUACAACAAUGUGCGUUUCCAUAACAAUGAUUGUUUAUAAAAGAUUAAAAUAAUAAAAACUUAAUAAUAAACAAAAAUAAAUAGAAAUAGUUGCCAAUGACAACCUUGUUUUUAAACUUUCAAUUUUUAUUACCCCAAAGAACAAGGUUUUCGUCAUUAUUUUGAAUAUUAAUGAGAAUUUCAAAAAAUGACAACUGCAAAGUACCACCCAGAGAACAUUUUCUUUUUCAGAAAAGGUGCUAAACUUGAUAAUUGGAGUAAGCUUUCUGGUAGAAACAGUGUUUACAUAAAAAAACAGUAAAAAAAUAUAAACAUCUUUGUAAAACCAAUACAUUCUUCACUAAACUUAGAAUUUGAAAUAUUAUAGUGAACCAUAAGAAUUUAAACUGUUAUUCUCUCAUUCGUGAAUCAUUUUAUGAAAUCAAUUAUCUAUCAAUUAUUUUCGAUUACAAAAUACGAUUAAGAAAUUAUAGUUUACGAAUUCCGUGCAUAAAUAAAAUGGCUCAAAUAAAAUAUAUCUUACAGUUCAGAUUAUAUUUAGAAUGUUCUGAAACACAUAUAUAAUAAAAAUAAUAAUUCAUUAUGUAUUGUACAAUUUUUAUAUAAGUGUAUUAUUUAACCAUUGGGGAAAAUGUAUUUAAUGUUACUUUUAUUUUUUGUACUCGAAAAUUUUAAAACACAUUAUAUAGAUAGAAGCUACCUGUACUUGUUUCACCACACUAUAUGUAUCAUAAAAUUAAACAUGUAUUAAACAUUUAAUGUCACACAAAAAUUAAUGACGUAUUCUGGUUGACAAAAAAAUCCAUAAUAUCAGUCAUAAAUAAAAAUAAUAUUUUUUUACGGAGUCGUAAAACUAUUAUUAUUUUAGUAAAACGACUAAAUCCUGUUCUCUGUUAACAAAAACCAUUAUGUUAUAUUAUUUUAUAUGAACGUUUUGUAUAAAUUAUUACUAAAAUAAUAAAAACAAAAUCCAAUAUAAUAGCAACCACGAACAAUAAUAACAAUAAUAAUGGAUUUAAAAAUUUGUGCAUUAUAAAUAAACGUAUUAAUAAAUAGUAAGAAAAAAUAACAAAACGCAGGAAUCAAAUACCGUUGGAAUAAUAUCAGUAAAAAUAUUUUUAGAUUAUAAUCUUGAAGAUAAUUUUAAUCGGACACAUUUUACCCAAAAUAUAAUAUUUAUAAAAUAAUAAUAAUAAUAAUAAACGUUAAUUUGUAAUAUUUCGUCUAAGAACAUUUCUCUUAGAACAAUAAAUUUAAACCAUGUUUGUUACAACUUGUAUUUUAUUUUAGUUUCAAAAUGACCCCAAAGCAAAAUGCGUUUCAAACAUCAACAAUAAGAUAUUUAUUAUUAUUAUUUUUUUAUUUAUACCUAAAGUAAACCAAUUAUAUUUCAUUUUUGGAUACGAAUAAGAAUGUCUAUACAUACAUAGUUUUUUUUUUUAUAAAACGAUUUCACUGGGUUGAAAUGAAAAUGGGUUUACAAAAAACUGUAAAAACCUUUUUUAUUUUAAAUAAUUAAGUGUGUUGUGUUAUUAAUGUGAAAUUGUGACAAAAUUAAAAAGUAGAUAUAUAGUCGCUGUUGUAAUAUGUAAGCUGAAAUAAUAAUAAUAAUAAAACAAACUACCAUUAAAAAAGUCGGAUAUACUUCGCACGAUUGAUGGGCCACUGUUCUAGGUGAGAAGUUCGAAAGAUAGAGGGGAAAUUUAAUGUAUAUCUGUUCGCAAUGAUUAACCAUUGCUAACGAAAAGUGAUUCUGAGUGGAGUUCAAUUCAUAGUGUUGCUUUGCCAAAAAUAUAAGUAUCAUACUAUGUUAAAAUAAUUACAAUUAUAUUAUAUUUUUUUUUUAAUAAUAUUUAUUUAAUAUUGUACCUAUUUCUCGUUUUUUCUACAUUUUUUCCCGAUUUUUCUCAAGUCUUUUCCUAGUUUUUCCCAUUAAUUGAGAAAACUCAAAAAAAUAAAAAUCUCUUUAAAGUACCACCCCAGACAGAUAUUUGUUCAAAAAAAGUGCUACAAUUGAAAAUCGAAAUGAAAUUGCUGGUAGAAAAAUUGAUCACAGUUAAAACAAAAUAAAAAAUAAAAUAAACAUCACUGUAAAACUAAUACAUUCCUCACUCCGAUCAAAAUCUAAAAUAUGAAAUAGAUUUUGAAACAUUUUUGAUGCAUGUCCUUUUUAGUGCAUAAACGAGAUCUAAAAUGCGUACAAAAAUACCUCGUUGAAAAAAGAUAACUUUUCGGUCCAUGCAAGUUUUCUGUUCGAAAAUUUAUUUCCAGAAAAAUAACACACCUAGGUAGUAAAUCCAAUAAAUCCUUCGUUCCGCUCAGAAUCUUAAAGAAAAUUAUAAUUAUAUUUCUUUAAAAAGGUAUAUUAAACUAAGUUUUAUGAGUAUUCUUUGUGAUUUUAACAUAUACUAUUUUAAUUUAAUUGGUUCAAUCAUAAUAUUAUAUCAGAAUCAGUAACGUGCCCAGGGAUUUUUAGAAGGGAAAUAUAACUUUUAAUUAUCCCCCCUUUCCAUGUACGACAGAAUAAUUUAUUUUGUAUAGUAUACGUGUUUAAUAUGUAUAAAGACAAAGAAUAAUAUGAACAUAUUCGUGUAGGCAAUUUUUUAUUCUUGAUCUACAUAUUGUACAUUGUGUUACAUACAUACAUAUAUUGCAUGUUAUUGUUAUUAUGGUUUAAUAUAGAUUAUAAGUAUAGCCGUGUAGGUAAUAAUACAUAAAUAUUAUUUUCUAGGGAUCCCGAUCAGCCAUGCAACGGAAUCUGCGAAACACCGAUCGGUUUCAAUACGUCGUGUAAACAGAAAUUCGUUCAAAAACGGUUGGUAGCAUUGCAAGGGACCGGAGAUAAUUUGUACAUAGACGUUUUUUGGUUUCCACAUUGCUGCUCGUGUACCAUAGCCCGGGUCGAACAAUAAACGAUAUUAAAACACCUAGUACGCUGUAUUAUUAUUAUUUUACGUUUUUGCAACUGGUAUAUUUCGCUUCCGAUGGGAAUAAAACUCGACGAAAAUAUUAUUUUCCUUUAUUAUUAUUGUAUAAUUUAAUAUUAUUUUGUGUACAGUGCAUACUAUAUAGGUAUAAAUUUAUCGACGUUAUUGUAGCCAGAGCAAAUAUUAUAAUAUUAUAAUAGCAUAAAAUAUAGCCCAUAGGUAUUAAACCGUGUUCACGGAAUGAAUAUUCAAAUGAUGGUAGUAUUUACUCGUACCUAUUACCGUAGUUCUUUCAACCGUAGUAAAACCGUAUUUAUAACUUAUUUACUAACUAAUUACUUUUAUUUUUCGAACAAUUUGUUUUUAAUUUUAUUCAGUAUUUAUAAUAUCAUUAUGUAUACUUUUUUUUUCAAUGAAUACAUUUUUUUUUUUAUGAAUAUCACUUUUUUUCUGAAAAAACUUAAGGCGUAUGCCCGUAUACGUUUAAAUAAUAUACAUAUACAAUAUUAUUGAACUUUAAACAGGCAUUUCAAUUGUUUUAUUAUGAUACGUAUUACUUAUUUUAGUUAUUAUAGACCUAUAGUAUAGUUGUAUGCGUAUUAUAAUAGAGUUGUAUUAUGUUGGUAACACGAUAUUGAAUUCAGCAUGAAUAGAC